ACGUACCCUACCACCUGUAUAUUGUAAUAGCCACAUGCUCGUGUUAUUCAUCUGGUACAUCAUUAUGAGCUACAUCACCGACUUUACCUAUAUAUAGCCAAUUUGAUUUCCAAAACAUCAUCAUUCAAUCGACCACCGCAGAACAGUCAACAUGAAAUUCACAUCAGCUUUAGUUUUCGUCUUUGUGGCCGUAGCCCUCGUCAGGGCCGACAGCGCAGACAGCAAGACACACAAACCAGAAAAACGCGGUAUCUCCGCUGAACAUGAUUUCUCCUCCGGUCUGAGCUACGGUUCCGGUCUGGGAUUGGGCUCCAGCAUUGGUUUAUCGUCUGGACUGGCUUCCGGUUACUCCGCUUACGGUGGAUCAGCUUAUGGGUCCUCAUACGCUCCAGCUUACAGUGGAGCCGCAAUCGCUUCCGCACCCGCAUUCAGUGGAGUCGCAGUCGCCGCCGCACCCGCAUACAGUGGAGUCGCAGUCGCACCUGCACCUGCAUACAGCGGAGCCGCUAUUGCCGCCGCUCCAGCUACAUACUCUGUUGCCCCAGCACCGACUGUUGGCCCAUUGAUCCCAAUCUCCAAGGAUAUACACAUCAUCAAUCGUCAUGCCCAACAAGUUUCAGCCCCGUACCCAGUGCCAGUACAGAGGACUGUUGCCAUCCCAGUGCCACACCCCGUCCCUUACCCAGUAGAACGGCCAUACCCAGUCAAGGUUGCCGCCCCAUACCCAGUGCCAGUUGAGAGGCCCGUUCCAUACCCAGUUGACAGACCAGUACCACAAGCAGUGCCUGCUCCCUACCCAGUCCCAGUCGUCCAGAACGUACCAGUACCAGUUUCCCGUCCAGUACCAGUCCCAGUCGUCAGACGCGUUCCUGUGCCGGUCGCCACACCAGUCGUUGUCCAAGCACCUCAACCCAUUGCCAUUGCUGCCCCAGCACCCGCAUACGGUCUAGGAGCAUCCGCCUACGGCACUAGCUACGGAUCCGCUGCUUUGUCUUCGUACGGAUCUGGUCUCUCCUCAUACGGAUCUUACGGACCAGCACUGUCCGCUUCCUCAUACGGUUCUUACGGACCAGCAUUGGCCACUUCCUCGUACGGAUCUUACGGAUCAGCUCUGCCUUCUUCUUCAUACGGAUCUUACGGAUCAGCUCUACCUUCUUCUUCAUACGGAUCUUACGGAUCAGCUCUGCCUUCUUCUUCAUAUGGAUCUUACGGAUCAGAUUUAUCCUCCUCCUCGUACGGCCACGACAGCCACUCAAAAUACGAACACGGUGGAUGGACUCCAAUCGCAAAACGUAACUCCAAUUAAUUUAGACACUAGUCUUCUGACAUCGCUCAACUCUCAAGUCAGCUCGUGCUAAGUUACUCUAGACUAUUUUAUAAUUGAUUAUUAUUAUUUUUUUAUACUUAGAUUAUACUUUUUAUACUUGAAAAAAUGUUAAUUGUACACUACAGUUCGAAUAAAAUAUUUUGUUAAAAAUA